GUUUGUUUUUUUUCUCUCAAACAAGACAACAAACAAAAGGGUAACUCGAAUGCAAUUUUGAUCAAAUGAAGGGUCCCUUGGAUCUUGUUUGAGGUCACUGUUGCAUCUCUCACCAUUGCUCCGAGGCCACGUUGCUUUGGUAGUGGGGAGGUGAUUGAUGGAGUCCAGUGAUCUUGAGAACGUGUCAGUUAGAGAGGUCCAUGCAAAUGGAAGCCGCAUGAUUGCAUCAGAAGUUGAGGCUAAGCUCGAUGAAGGAAAUAUUCAAGAGGCAGAAUCUGCUUUGCGAGAAGGGUUGUCACUCAAUUUUGAGGAAGCAAGAGCUCUUCUUGGAAAGUUGGAGUAUCAGAGAGGUAAUGUAGAAGGUGCUCUUCGUGUGUUUGAUGGGAUUGAUCUCCAAGCUGCCAUACAGCGAUUGCAACCUUCCUUUUCUGAAAAACCACCUGUCAAGAAAGGUCGCACUCGUACUGACUCACCUUCCUCAGUCUCUCAGCAUGCUGCUAGUUUGGUGCUUGAUGCCAUCUACUUAAAAGCCAAGUCUCUACAAAAGCUGGGGAAAUUAACAGAAGCUGCUAAUGAUUGUAAACGUGUUCUUGAUGCUGUUGAGAAGAUAUUUUAUCAGGGUAUUCCUGACAUUCAAGUGGAUAAUAAAUUGCAAGAGAUAGUCAGCCAUGCAGUAGAACUCCUUCCAGAGCUUUUGAAACAAGCUGGUUGCUAUGAUGAGGCAAUCUGUGCUUAUAGGCGUGCUCUUCUUAGUCAAUGGAACCUUGAUAAUGAUUGCUGUGCAAGAAUUCAGAAAUCAUUUGUUGGUUUUUUGCUGUAUAGUGGGGUAGAGGCUAGUCCACCUAGUUUAGCAGUUCAGAUUGAAGGGUCUUAUGUGCCUAAAAAUAAUAUCGAAGAGGCAAUUCUGCUUUUAAUGAUUCUUAUGAGAAAAUUUUGCCUUGGUAAGACGAAAUGGGAUCCUUCAGUCAUGGAACACCUGACUUUUGCACUUUCUAUGUGUAACCAAACUUCUAUUUUAGCAAAACAACUUGAGGACUUGAUGCCUGGAGUAUACCAUCGUAUUGAUCGUUGGAAUUCUUUAGCUUUAUGUCAUAGUGGAGCUGGACAAAAUGACAAUGCUUUGAAUCUGCUUAGGAAAUCUUUGCACAAACACGAACAACCAAAUAACCUUACAUCACUAUUGUUAGCUGCUAAGAUCUGCAGUGAGGAUCCCCAUCUUGCUGCUGAGGGAGUGGGCCAUGCAGAGAGGGCAAUCAGUAAUGCUCAGGGUUCUAACGAGCAUUUGAAAGGUGUUGCGCUUCGGAUGUUGGGACUUUGUCUGGGAAAGCAAGCUAAGGUUGCUUCCUCUGACUUCGAGAGGUCCCAUCUUCAGUCCAAAGCUCUGGAGUCAUUGGAGGAGGCAACUAAACUGGAGCCGAACAAUUCUGAUCUGAUUUUUGAGUUGGCUGUUCAAUAUGCAAAGCACCGAAAUUUGACUGCUGCUUUGCGCUCUGCGAAGCUUUUCUUUAAUGAAACUGGUGGCUCUAUAUUGAAAUCUUGGAGAUUGCUUGCCCUGAUUUUGUCUGCACAACAAAGAUUUUUAGAAGCUGAAGUGGUAACAGAUGCUGCUUUAGAUCAGACUGCAAGAUGGGAACAAGGACCACUGCUUAGGCUGAAAGCAAAGCUGAAGAUCUUCCAAUCACGACCCAUAGAUGCCAUUGAAACUUAUCGGUACCUACUUGCGUUGGUUCAAGCCCAGAAGAAAUCCUCUGGUUCUCUCCGAAUUAGUUCAAAGGUUGAGGUUGAUAAAGUAAAUGAAGCUGAUAUUUGGCAUGGUCUGGCAAAUUUAUACGCUAGCCUUUCUCAUUGGAAGGAUGCUGAAAUCUGUUUGCAAAAGGCCAGGGAAUUGAAGGAGUACUCCGCGGAAAUUAUGCACACUGAAGGUGUUUUGUUUGAGGGACGUGGGCAAAUUCAAGAAGCUCUUGAUGCUACUCUUAAUGCUGUCCUACUUGAACCAAACUAUGUUCCAAGCAAGAUUUUGACGGGUGCUUUGCUUCAGAAAAUGGAUUCAAAGGUUUCGCCUGCUGCAAGAAGCUUACUGUCUGAUGCACUUAGAAUAGAACCCACUAACCGCAAUGCUUGGUUUUGCUUGGGGUUGGUUCACAAGCAUGAUGGCCGAAUAAGUGAUGCUGCUGACUGCUUUCAAGCAGCUUCCAUGCUUGAAGAAUCUGAUCCCAUCGAAAGUUUCAGCUCUAUACUUUGACUGGAUUUCAUUCCAUAACAUUUAACUCUGCAGCCUGCUGUGAGAUUUAUAUCGUUAUGUUUUCAGUUGAUACAUCUUCUGGGUUUAAUGGGACACAUACUAGAAACAGUUUUAGAAAUGUAUUUCCUUUUUAUUUUAUUUUUUUAAUUCUUGUCAUCACAAACUAGGCUUAAAGAAAAGAAAUUAAAAACAUUUAGGAAAUAAGAUGAGACAGGGACUGAUGUUAAUCUGGUUGUAGGAUGGAUGAGUUGUAAAGAACUUAGACUGGCGGAGAUUUUAAUGUUUGUUCAAUUGCUGCUCAGCCUUGUAAAUGUAAGUCGCUUAAUGGAGCAGUAUCAUUGAGAGUUGAGAUUCUGUUUUCUUCUUUUAUGUGCUUUAUAGCUUUUUGGCUAGAUCUUCAAGGCACAAAGGAAAAAUAUGUUUGGAGUCACUUGAAUUCAAAUGCAGCCGCUUGUGCUGUUAUGUACAUUUCUGUAAUUCUCUUGAUAUUGGAUGUUGUUAAUUGUUACAUUGUGUAUUUAUAGAA